CAAGUCACGACGUCCAUCUUUAUUCUUUAAUAGGUUGAUGUGUUGUUAAAUACAGGCCCCAAUUUACUGAUUUUCUUAAUUCUUAAAUUAAUUUACGUUUUAAAUUUAACUAUAUCAAAGUAUAAUUGUGCUAAAAAAUGUGUUUCUCAUAGUUAUUAAAUUUAUACUGUGUGUGUUACUCAAGAAAGUUUCACUUGUUUCUCUGCUAUUGACCUAGGUGCUAAUUGGUUCAUCGUAAUGUUUUCAUUGCCCGAGUGCAGCCGAUAAAGUGUGAAAUAGCGCGUGUAUAAAUUUUUGAAUACUGUGUGUUUCUUAGUCAAAACAAAUGAGCGGUGAUGGAUAGAAUUCACCAGAUUCGAGAUGAAGCUCCUCGCUCCAAAGACAUUACCCUUGAUACAUCGUCAUUACCGAGCGAAUCGUUUUUAACCGCGAACGAAAGUUCAUCAUUCUAUUCUUUAACUGAAGAAGACUCUACGUUUAUCGUAUCACCGUCGAAGGACAGUUCGUCGACCUCCAAUGUAGAACCAAGCAUAACAGACCCAAAUUUAAUAUGUAAUUUAUCACCAAUACACAAAAGCAAUGAAAUAGAAAGUUUUAAAAUUGGAAAGCAAAUUGAAGCUGCAAACAUUUUAUCUGGUGGUGUGAAUAUAUUUGAUGACAAUUCCUAUGAUGGUCACGAACUUGUUAUUGAUGAUAACCCAGUUGAUAAGGAUAUAAAAGGUGAUGAGAAUGAUGAUACAUUGGAAGCAGCUGUUAUCAGUGAUGCUACACCUAGUAAGGAGACCGAAGUAGUGUUGCAAAUUGAUGGUAAGAAUGUUGAUGCAAUUGAUAUUGGAAAUGGAUUGUAUUUGUACCGAAAGACUGGAGAAGAAGAAUUAGCUGCUGUACAGAUCAUAGAUGAUGACCAACAACAGCAAACUUUUAAAUUUCUUAAAGUUCGUGAAAAUGCUGAAGGAAACUUGGAGGUAUAUGAAGAAAUUGAAAUUGAAGUUCCAAAGGAAGCGCCCGUUAAAGACGGUAAGCCUACCUCUAGUACUUCACAAACUUCCAGUGAGAGUGUCAAAAAAAUAAACCACAUUAGGGAUAAAGUUGUUGAAACUACCCAAAAGAUAACACAGAAUGUCUUAGAAAAUAAUGAAUCUAAUAGCAAGGAAUUGGAAAAAUCCAUUAAAGACCUGCAAGAAUCCAAGUCUGAAUUAAACUUUAAUGGCAAAACUAUGAAAUUUAGUGAAUCCCGUAAGUCACCUGUGAUUGGCACUUUUACUCCUAUGACCUACCACUCAACACAAAAUAAAGAAGGUCGACCUCUCACAAAAACAAUGGUAGAUCAGCAUCUACAACCAAAUAGGCAUUCAGAUAAUAUAAAGAAAACCAUAGAAGUAAAUACAGACAAUUGUAAACAAAAAUUAGAAAAUGUUUUAAAAUAUAAAGAUGAGAAUGAUUCUACAAAUGAAUCAACUGAAAACAGUUUAAAAGAGAACAUUGGAAUACCUGAUAUCAUGCCUUCCGCCGUUAUUGAUACAAUAGAAACAAAACAUGAUGAUAAUUUUGCUAGUGAUCUCAAGAAAAGUCCUCCAGAGACUAAAGCCACUGAAGGCGUUAAAGAGGAAGGUUCUUAUAUGGCAAAUGAAGUUAAUGUAACAGCAACUGAUAAUAAAAUAACACCCGACGCAAUAUUGAUUCCUAAUAUGUCUAAUAAAUUUGAAAAUACUGUUAAAUUAAUAAACCAAGAUUUAUGUAAUGAAACAAAAAGCAAUGUAUAUAGUUCUACUCAGUCUGUGUCCACACUGGUUACUGAUACAUUAUCUGACAAUACCGAAACAGAUGUAGAAGAUAAAUUGGUUAUUGCAGAAGAUAGUAUUAUAUCUGAUGUCUCCAAUGAACCAACUACAAAGCCCGUUGAAAUGAAUACUGACUCUAAAUCAAAUAGCGAAGGAGUAGUCUCUGAUUUGGAUGGGGUACUAAAAAGUUGUGAAAGUAUUGUGAAAAAAAUAGAAGAAACCAAAAAAUGUGAACCACAAGAUAGUGAAGUAAUGCAUAAAAAUAAAGAAAUUCAAAUAGAAAUAGAUAGCAGACAUACUGCAAAUAAGAACAACGAAAGUAAAUUAGAAGCACAAGAUAUGAAGCUUGAUGACAAAGAAGGUACUCUUAAUGUUGAUUCUACACAAACAAAUAAAUCAAAUCUGCAUGCUGAUAUUAUUGACACAUAUAAAACUUCCAAACAAAAAAUAGUUGAACCUACUAUCAAUACAAAAAGUAAAGGUUGUGCUACUCAGCCAAUACUUAACGAUAUUGAAAAAGCUACUAAGACACUCGACUUUGAUGUUAAGAUGUCUACAAAUAAUAUUUCUAGUUUGAAACAAUUUAUUGCGAAGGAAUCAAAGGACAAUAAGUUAAUGCAACAAAAAGGAACUAGUAAUAGCUGCAGUCAAAAUUCGCAAGGGGAUUUAAGAAUAGAAAAGCCGUUACAGUUUCCUACCAUCCAGAAAACAAUACAAACAAUUGAACAGAAGUGUGAUCCAAAAACUGAAGAGAAAAUAGACUUGAAUCUCGGAAAAAACCUAGAACAUAAAGUUCCAUCCAAAGUUUGUAUCGCAGUGCCUUUUGGAAAAUGGACUGAAGCUAAUAGGCAAGAAUUUUUAAAUAAAAUUAAGGACGUAAAGGUACCAACUAGUAAUUCACAUACAAAACAAAUUAAACAGACUAAUGACUUAAACAGAAGAGAUUUCUUGAAAAAGAUAGAUAGUCAAAGGCAGGCAAAUAGUGUUGCAGUAAAGAUUCAAGAUAAUGUCAAUAAUAAAUUGAAUGUAAAACCUAGUUCUACAGUUUUUAAGAAUACUGCUUGUGCCGUUGAGAAACCAACAGUACCUGAUAUAUCGAAAAUUAAAGAAACUCUUCCUUCAAAAUCUAACACAAAGCCUAAACCGAUUAUAGAAAUAACAAACAGUAAACCAGAAAUUCCCCAACCCGUGGUGAAUAAAUUAAUUUUAGCUCAAAGAAAAGAAAUAAAUAAUCAAGAUCUGAUCGACAAAACCAUUGAAGGAAUAAUAAACCGAGCCUUACCUGCGAAAGCUACGCAAGAAGAUAAAUCGAAUACAGAAGCGAAGGCCAAAGAAAUAUCCAAUUCGAGCAUUGUCACUUUAGACGAUAUAGAACGCAAAAUGAAUGAACUUCAUGGAAUACCUUUUGUGGAAAGGCCGUCCCACGAGUUACCGGGGCUGGAAUCGAAGCCUAACGAUACCGAUAAUUUAUGUGAUACUAAAAAAGAAAACCCAGUCGUACCUUACACAAAUAAACAUCACAAAAAGGUAAAGGAGAAUGACAGAGCAAAUAUUUCCGAUGAAGAGGUUAUUGAACAUGAGCCUAUCACCGGAGAUAUCGCGAUAACUGUUAAAGAUAAAUUACCCCAAGAGGCGGUAUGCAAUAAUGGUGCUAAAAAGGAGUCAAUAAUCACAGAAAAAGAUUUUGAUAAAUUUGCUAGACGUAACUCUGUGACUUAUGAAAAUUGUCUUACUGUUAAUUUUGAUAAGAGGGAACCGUGCAAUGUUACACAAAGUAUUGUCCCGAUAGCUGUACCCGUAAAAAAGAUGUCUCGAAACGAACUGAUGCUGGCAGAAUCAAAAGCUAAAUCUACUCAUAAACAGUAUCUCGCUCGUCAUAAUAUCCAUGCCAGCAAAAUUCCUACUGCAGUGAAAUCCACGCAACCGGAGAUUACAGCGAGCAAAAAUUAUCAAUCUAAAGUACAAAUGGCGUACCAAACCGCGAUAACAGCUAAACAACAACAAGAACCUAUUACUAUAAUUGAAGAUAAACCCGUGAAAGUAGUGUUUGUGGAUACAAAUGCUGAGUUCGGCGCGCUCAAACUAAAUGUCCAGGGUCAAGAGCUGUCGCCGUCGAUCAAGCAAACAAACGAUAAUGCUUACAGUACUUCGGAGUCCAUCGAUUCUGAUAUCAUAGAAACGAUAGCUAAUCAAAAUAAGAUAUUGGAAAAUAAAUCAAAGGUUAAACAUCAAAGGAAACAAGUUUUGACACCCGUCGAAGCUCCCGAACUUGAACUAAUUGUACCCAAGGACCUAGGUUUAGAAUUUUCACCGAAGAAGAAGCGCAAAGUCGAUGAGAAAAUUGAUAAAAAAUCCAAGUCCCUUGUGCCAAAAAAAUCCUAUCUUCUUAACCGUUGUAUUGAGGAUGAAAAACAAUCUAAAAUUCAAGAUGUUAUUAAAACCUCGGACUUUGAAACUGUUAAAAGAAGUGAAACGUACGUUGUACACUCUGACCCCAUAUCUGCGAUCGACAAUUUAGUCAAAGCAGCCGAAUUACUUGAAACACAAAGUGAAAAUAAGUUAAUGAAUAGUGAAGAAAAUGAAACAAAAAUAGAACAAACCACUCCAGCCAAAAGAGGUCGCGGGCGACCUAGAAAAUAUCCACUGCCUAGCUCUGAAUCGGACUUAAAGAUACCUGUAAGCCCACAAAAAGAGAAGAAAUCAGAACAAAACAAUUCCAACAUUAGUCUAACAGAGACAGAAGAAGAUAGCAGCGAUGACGAAAUUAUACAGGUAAAUUGGACUAUGGGUAAGAUAAAUGAAAAUAUAGUGUGUCCUAUCUGUAGCAAAUUAUUCCGUUCCGAAAAUGUUGUGUUUAAACACGUAAAGCAUUGUACGGGCCCUUCGCCAAAUAGAUCUGAGUCUGAUAAACGUAGUUCUCGCAGACUAAGGAAUUCAAAUGACAGUAAAGGCUUUUCUUUGGACAGUAACUCGGAAGACGAGGUCGUUAUUCCGAGAAAACGAAAAUCAAGGGAUUCUAAACCAGCAUCAAAACAUGAUGAUGUAAUCAAAUUACGAGAAAUAUCAGAAAGAGCACAGGCUCAUUCCAAGCAAGUAGAGAAAAAAGAAGUAAAAGUUAAAAGCAAAUUAAAUAAUCUUGCAUGUGAGCUGUGUGGGAAAACAUUUCGACAACUAUCUUAUUUAUUAAGUCACAAAAUACAACACAAAAAGGAAGAAGCCGAAAAGUUAGAGAAAAUUAACAAAACCGUGUUGUGUUGUGAAGUAUGCAAGAAAGAAUUCAGACUGUUACAUCACUUAGUUCAACAUCGCUUGAUUCAUGAUCCCAAAGUAAUGACUGCGAGAUCGAGCAGGAAGAGCUCAUCAGAAGUAAAUGAAAAUAAACAAACUAAAACCCAGGCUAUACCACCAAUGGAAAAAGAAGAUCACAAAGCAACGUAUCAUUGUGAGCCCUGUGACAAGUCUUUUAGACAACUCCAUCAUCUCGUUGAACAUAGAGAAACUCAUGAUGGUAUCAAUAAGAAAAGUACUCCCAAUAACACGAAAGAUGCUGUUAAAACACCUACCCUGCAUCAAUGUGACAUAUGCAACAAAACAUUUAAGAAGUUGCAGCAUUUGAUGGAGCACAAGGAUCAACAUUUAGAAACAAGUUCAGAAAAAUCUGACGAUAAAAGCGUUCAAAGCUCGCUCUCUACCCGUGACAUAAUACAUGAAUGUUCCCUCUGUUAUAUGGUUUUUCCAAAUGAACACUCGCUUAAAAAGCACUUUGUUAACUGUCAACGAAAAAAGAAACAAUCCGCAGCGAAGCUAUCGAAAACAGGCGAAAUAGUUAUUAAAGAAGAAAGUAAAGAAGAGAUAGAUAGUGAAACUGACAAAAAACCCGGCAUAGUGCCAGAAAUAAUUAAACCAUUUUCUAGCAACGAGGUAACUUCAGCUCCGGAAAAGAAUGCCAAACAAAAUACAGAAAAAGAAAUGUCAGACCCUGUUUGUGAGGUUGAAGAACAACUAGAUAGUAGCAUUGUCGAUGAUUCCGACAGUAAGAGUGACGAUUUACCUCUUGUUACAAAAAAGACAGAUGUUGUCGCUGACAGAAUCAAAUUAGAAAAUGCCACGAAACCCGUUAUUAAGAAAGAGGAAAUAGAAAUCAUUGUUAUACCAGACACACCGACGCCUAAAAAACGAACCGCGGGCAAGGAAAAGAUAGGGCUUACAGUUACGAAGAAACAAAAGAUCAGUGUGUUACGUAAUAUUGACAAAAAGGUUGAGUCGAGUGACGACGACGAAGUGAGGUACAUGCUGAACCCAGAAUAUCAGGACAAUAACCCGGAGGAGAAAUUUAUGAAGGUCCGAGCCGAAAAGCGCAGCUCGCUUCAAAUAGAAAGACCUAACUCGAAAGAUUUAGUCAAACGAAGAAUCUCCCUGCAACACCCUCCAAAAAUACUACGUCUGAAGACAAAAGUAGAAGCACGGCCGAUACAAUCGGCGUCUGUUAAAAAAUCUAAAUCUCUUUUGAAAACGGCGUCUUCCACUGAUUCGGAUGACAGCGACGUUAAAUAUUCCUUCCCUGAAAAGGUUGCCGAUAAACCCGCUCCAAAAAUAGUGAACGAUAAAAGAAAGUCUAUAAGCGAUAAACGAAAAUCACUUCCUGGCGUGGCUAAAAGGAAAUCAUUGGGAAAACAGAAGAUAAAUCCACCGAAGGUGGUCCGAAAGCGUGCCGAAGCGGAGCAUCGAUGUGAUUGCGGACAGUUGUUCAGCAGCGCUGCUCUUUUGUCCCGACACACCACUUUAGCACACACACCUCCUAGAAUACGAAAACGUAGAUCUCCCCCGCCCGAAGACCCCAAACCGAAACAACUAAAACCUACUCUCAAACCGCCAAAACAGACUUUAGCACAAAAACUCACAACACAGAAACAAACACAAAAGCAGGACACACAAAUAAAAACACAAGUUAAAAAGUUGAGGAAAUCUAGUGAUAAGCAAAGUGACGAGAAGGACACGCGCAGGACUGCUCUCAGAGGCGCUCCUGACAAGUCACGCAAAAUCAAAUAAGUGAAAUUCGAUGUCCUACAGUUUUAAAAUGUUACGUGUUUCCUACGAUGGAGAAUAUUUAUUCAAAUGUUCGGACAUUUUGGCGUGUUUAAUCUCUGAAAUGAAUGAAUUGUGAAUUCGCUAGGACUAAUCACGCACCACAUGCUCACGACGAAAUACGGACCAGUGUUAUUGAUAUAUAUAUUUUUACACGCGGUUAUGAAUUUGAGAUAUUUUGUGAGCGACUGGUCUCGAUUUUGUCAAUUUGUUCUAGAUCCUAGAAGAGAAAAUAAUUUAUGUUUGUUUAGUUGUAAGCUUUCAUUGUUUUUGCGUCAAUUGUUUCGAGUAUGUCGCUCGACACGUUUUACUAGUCUAGCCCGUUUCUACUACAAAUCGAUUCAAGUGCACGUUCAUAUAUAUUUGUCCUAGACAUUAUUAUAAGUGCCAAUAUUCGGUGGACAUUCAGUGUUUUUGUGAUGUUUUCUUUAUUAAACUAACAUUAAUUUAUAUUAUUAAAGACUCAAAUAUAUUAUAUUUUUACAUUAUAUUAUAUUUAUAUAUUUUUUAUUCAGUUAUAUUAUUUCAAAUAGUGUUCGAAUUUAUCUAAAACUGAAAUUUUAUCAGUUUUCUGUCAAUUAAUAACAUCUCUUAUAUCCAUGUAAUAUCUUAUACAGCAGCUGGUCUGUCAUACAAAAACUUACUAUAUGCUUUAUUGACUUACUUUAGAAAUUAAAACAUAUAGAUUGUAUAUGUACCUACUUCAUAUUUCACGCUUAUCGUAAAGCAUUUCAAAGUAUGAACAUUCUACAAGGCACAAAUUUGUAAAAAUUACAGUACACUUAGUCCAAGCCACAAGGGACAACAUAAAUAUAAUCUAAAUCUCUGUUUAAACCAAUGUAUUCUUUCGUGUCCUUCUGUGAAAUUGUGUUUACGUUGUAAUGAAAACAGAUGUGUACUUUCGUUAAAAUUGUUGUCUCAUGAAUUUUCUUUUACACCUUCCACGUUUUCGGCUUGGACUAAGAGUUCUGUGACAACCAAAAAUGGAAUUAUGACAUACUGACACAACAUAUCCGUAAGUUGUCAAUGAUUAAUCGUUUUAAUCAAUAAAAAGAGCGAUAUAUUCGAUGAGCUUAUAAUAAUUUUGGGAUAAACAAAGCGUAGUGAGUCACGAGCUUCCCAUAGUUAUGCAAAACAAUUUUUGUAGAACUUUUGUCUAUGACGUAAUUCAAGAAGUGGUGAUAAGUACCAUAUAUUUUAAGUCAGUUUAAAACUGAAAACAUAAGUAUAGUGAAUGACCAAAAACUUUGGAUAAACCCUUUAUGUUUUGGAAAUAAAAUUUUUAAAUCUCCAUAGUAAUAUAAUUGUUUUUAGGAAUAUAGGACCAAGAUAUCUUCUGUUUUAGUGUUAAAUGUUACGAUGUUGUUUUUUAAUUAAUUUUAAAUGUUUAUCGUACCCCCAUAACUAACAUUUAAAGAAAGUAGAUCGUCUCGUGAGAUUUAUGUUCUAGGAGCAUUUACAUAAGAAAAUAUAUAAUAGUAUAGGUAAAUGUAGAUCAUUAUUUUUAAUACUUACGAUGCAAUUUUGACUAUUGGGUUAUAAAUAAAUUGUGUAAAAAUGCUAA